AAACUUAUGCCAAUUACCAUCGUUGAAUCGUAUGUUGUCGAUUGGUACUUGCUACGAUGCUUACAUUCGACAAUAUAUUUACAUGGCAUAUUAUGAAAACGUGACCAAUUUUUUCGUAAUAUAAACCUUCAAAUGGAGAAUUUGGAAGCUGUAAUUUGCACCAAAGAAUAGUGAAAACAGUAUAAUAAACAUUUGUAUUAAAAAUGUCGAAGAAUGGCGAAGUGUCAUCAAACCAAGGCCCAAGUAGACCUACUAUGCCGAAGCCUGAGUUGAACUUGUUUGGCUUGGAGAAACGUAAAGGAUUAAACCUGCAAAUAGCCGGAGGUCCAUCAGGUGACGGCGCAGCUUUUAUGCCAUUUCCUGCAAACCCUCCUCCAGUUCAGAGACCGCGAGUCCCCUCACGCACCAUAAGAGAUGUUCUGCCUGAAAACACAAGAGAUAGAUGUAGGAUUUACCCAUCUAUGCAAUCUUCAGGAAAAUUGCAGUUAUCUGCAACAGAAGUAUAUGACUUCACCUCUGAUGACUUGCAGGAUCUUGGUGAAAUAGGAAGAGGGGCAUUUGGAGCUGUGAACAAAAUGGUUCAUAGAAAAACAAACCGUGUAAUGGCUGUGAAGCGUAUCCGCUCCACUGUUGACGAGAAGGAACAGAAGCAACUCUUGAUGGAUCUUGAAGUGGUGAUGAAAAGCAAUGACUGUGUUUACAUUGUGCAGUUCUAUGGAGCACUAUUUAAAGAGGGUGAUUGUUGGAUCUGUAUGGAAUUAAUGGAUACUUCACUAGACAAAUUUUAUAAGUUUAUAUGUGAAAGGAUGCAGACUCGAAUACCUGAAACAAUUUUAGCUAAAAUAACUCUUGCAACAGUUAAAGCUUUAAAUUAUCUAAAAGAGAAAUUAAAAAUAAUUCACAGGGAUGUGAAACCAUCAAAUAUUUUAUUGGACCGAAGAGGAAACAUAAAAUUAUGUGAUUUUGGUAUAUCUGGGAAGCUAGUGGAUUCAAUAGCCCGCACUCGCGAUGCUGGCUGCAGACCUUAUAUGGCUCCGGAGCGUAUAGAUCCGGGACGAGCUCGAGGUUACGACGUGCGGUCAGACGUGUGGUCGCUCGGCAUCACGCUCAUGGAGGUGGCCACGGGUGCCUUCCCGUACCCGCGCUGGGGUUCAGUGUUCGAGCAGCUACAGCAGGUCGUACAGGGUGACCCGCCGCGACUAACUAAUACCAACAAUGCUUUCUCCAAUAACUUUGUUAACUUCGUGAAUACUUGCCUCAUAAAAGAAGAAAAUCAAAGACCUAAAUACAAUAGGUUAUUGGAACACCCCUUUAUUAAAGGUAUUGAUCAGAGCCGGGCUGAUGUUGCUGCUCAUGUUUGUGAAAUAUUAGAAGCCAUGGAGCGCAAUGGUGUCAGCCCAUUUACAACAGAUCAACCCGCACAGGCAUGGGUUGAUUAAAUAUCCAAAAUCAAUGUGUGGGAUAUUUGCUUAAUAUUAAAUCUAUAAUAACACCAAUACACACUUGCAAUAUUUUACCAUAAAUUUUAUGAAUUCUGCCCAAGGAAUAUCUAAAAUUGAUUGUCAGGUAGAUACUAUAUUGAUGAAUUAUUGAAGAGUGGAUAACUAAUAUAUCAUAUGGAAAUAUCACUAUUCAAAAUAAUUAGUGUUUUCUGACAACAUCUGUAUAAUUAGCAAAAUAUGUUUUGAAAAAUCCACCCAUUGCUGGAUGGAUACUAUAUUCUCGCAAGUCCCUCGUCUACUUAAGAUCGUAUUCUCACAAUAUAGUAUGUUUCUAACAAUAUGCUUAAUUUUGUAAAGUAUUAGUCACUUUCAGGUUAUGACCAAGAUGUUUUCAAUGUGAUAUGAGUUGAAUAAUCCUGAUACAUGUCCCUGCUUUUACGAAACUCUGAUUUAAUAAUCGAGGCUGAAUGUGACUAAUGUAAUAGGCACCAAAACAGUUACUAUGUAGUACAUUAGGGCAACUAGGAAAAUUGUUAAUUGCCAGUGAUUUGUCAUAAAUAAAAUGUGAUUGUGGUUUUUAUUAGAAUUGUAAUUUAACUAUGGCAUAACUUUAACACUUUGAAAAAUUUUAAUACUUAACAUUAUUUUGCACUGCCAUUAAUGCAGGCUCUGAAAUAUUUGGAAUGUGUCUAAGAGGGGUUUUUAUUCAAACAAAAAUAAUUACAACAAAAACCGCUGGAAGCGCGUCGGAGCGCAUUUAAAAAUAAUAAUUUAGUAUAAACCUUAACUACCUUGACAUACGGUCUACAAGAGUAUGCGCGCGUAUGCUCUUCGAUAGUCUCGCUCGAGCCCGAGCGGCUCAUGCGAAUUUAUUCUUUUGUAGACCGUAUGUUAAGGCUUCCCGCGGUGUGCGCUGUGCCAUAGAAGCAUCUCCUUGAAAGGUUCUCGAGCGUCGAUGCCUUUUGCUGUUACAGACAUAUUAUACGAGUAUAUUUCUCUUUCAAAUCCCUCUGAUUACUGUUCCACAUCCAGUGGCGGCGUAACAUCGGGUGGCACCCGGGGCGAACUAGGUAACUAUUGAGCUCCCCCCCCCCCCUCCCCAAAAAAAAAACAACGAAAUAUAAUCACGUAGUAAAACAAAAAUCGUGUAGAAAUCAUUUGUGGGGCUUUUCGCUAGGUUUAACAUUAAGAAACCCGAGACAGAUCAGUGCAAAGUUAUAAAGCGCUAGCGAAGCGAGCCCGAAAUUUUUGAGAUUUGGGACACAAUUGAACCCAAACAUGUUCUUAAAAAGCGGUUCAUUAAGCCGCGAGCGUAGAGAGCGCGAAAUUUUUGAGUUUUGGAACACAACAGUACCCAAACAUGUUUGAAAAAAACCACUGUUAAGUGAAGAAGCCGCGAGCGUAGCGAGCGCGAAAUUUUAAUUUUGGGGGCGCAAAGAUGCCUUACGAAAUGACAAAACCAUAGUAGAAUGAAAGACACGAGCGUGAAAUUUUUGAGUUAGGUACAUAUAAGUAUUCAAACAAGUUUGAAAAAAAAAAACACUGUAACUGUAAAGUGAACAAGCUGCGAGCGUAGCGAGCGCGAAAUAUUUUGAGUUCUGGGACACAAAAGUCCUCCACCGCUUACAAGUAGCGCCUAAACAGCUUAGAAAUAUCAACCGUAAAGUGAAUUUUCUAAUUGUUGGUUUGAGGAUUCUCAAAUUGACCUCAGAAUCAAGCACAAAUAAAAAGAAACCGUGACUGAAGCGAGCGUCAGUUGUUUCUGCUACUUCGGUGCUUUAACUUUUUGUUAGAUUGAGGACUCAAAAAGUAAGCGCAGAAUGAUUUAGAAACGAACAAACAACCGCGAGCGAAGCGAGCGGAUUUCUUUUAUAACUUUGAGGAAUUAAUUCAAGUAAUCAGGAAAAAGCAAAAAUACAAGAGAGGGGUGACAGUCGGACUGAGAGGAGUGAGAGGGGUGUCACCUUCUCAGUAGGCUUCGCAGAUUAGUAUGGCACCCUUAGUGACUUGUCCCAUCUGCCCGCGCCAUCCUUGGUCAUGCAGAUAUGUGCCGACCGAGAUGGCACCCCCCGAAAUGUGGUACCAGGGGCGGACCCUCCCCCCGCCCCCCACCCUUACGCCGCUACUGUCCACAUCAAAGAUCCUUGCGGUUUUACAUUUAUGAUUGUAUGGUUUACAUAUUAAAUUUUCUUUAACCUACCAGUUACUCAAUUUGAAAUAAAAUCGGUUAAAUAUGAAGCUCAUGUUUAAAAAUAUUAUGUAAGAGACGUGAACCACAUUUUGCAUUUGCAUACUCGAUUCAGAAACUAGCGGAUACUUUCACCUAAGUGCAAGGAUGCAUCACAUAAGACGUCCAAUUAGUUUUUCGAUAAUUUUGUUAGUGCAAAUGGAUUUAUAUUUAUACAUAGGUACCUACACCAGAUCCAAAUUUGCAUCAGGCACUAGUGUUAAGUCGAAUUGGAUUUUUUAAUUACAAUAAAUUGGUGGUGACAAUAAUUCUUGAAAUUAUGUUACAUAUUAUUAUAAUUAUUUUAGAUGAAUAACGCAGCCGCCGAUAGUAGUUAGAUGAUAAAGCUUCCUCUCCACUCAUGUUUCUAAUUGUGGUUUACCUAAACUAUUCAAAUGACUUAGAAGUCUUAUUUCAACUGACACCAUUCUGCUUCUGCAUUUAGAAAAAUAUGUUUUUUUUUUUUCAUUUAAAGAUAUGUAUUUAUGUCAUCUAUUUAUUGCUUUUGUGACAAAUAAUUGCGUUCCAACUUCUGAUGAUGUUAUUUUGUUUUGAAACUAUCUAAUAUUCAACAACUUGUUAAUUUCAAUCAUAAAUUUUGGAACUUUGACUUAAUUAGAAGUUAUUUUCCAUUGUGUUUUGACUAAUUUUUUCUAACCAGUUUGUGUAAAAUUAUACUUGCCAAAAUUUUAGUAUAUAGAUUCUCACAUUCUGAAGUAGACUAAUCUGAAAUAAAGACUCCUGAAAGACAAGAGGUCUAUUCUGUUUUCGCGUCUUUGUCAGGUUAAAUGCUACAAUAACUCUGAAUUACAUUCAACUAAUUGUGUGGACACUGUAACUUAAAUAUCAAAUUUGAUUUUAUUCUCUCAGCAUAUUAUGACUGGUUGAGUAAGUUUGUUUUAGGCAAUAGCUCAUAAAGGUGAUUUUAUAAAUUUGUAUAUACCCACUAAAUAAUAAUGAUUAGUUUUAAAAUUAUGUGUUAUUGUUAACCAUAGCCAUAACCAGGUUAAGUAUUAUUGCCUUCUAGUGAUAGGCAUCUUAUUGAUAGUUGGUUGUUAUUUUUCUGCUAAGUAACAAAACAAGAAAAUGUCAAAAAGAAGGAUGGAUGCUUGUUGCACCAGUAAAGAAAAAAUAAUACCCUGUUAUUUUUAUUAAUUUAACUUAUAAUUAUUUGAAUAACUACACAACAAAUAAUAAAAUACAACUGAAAGUAUUUUCUAUUCACAAAUCAAAUUGUUUGAAAUUUUAAUCAACAUCACUUGCAAAUGUUUAACAAUUAUUUGAUUAAAUUCACCUAUUUAUAAGAUUUGGUUCUCAAUACUACUGUAUGUUUAAGAAGUAGAUUGGUAACAUUAUGA